UCUUCUCUUUGAACAUUCUUCGUUCAUAGCUUUUCCUCCACUAAAAUGGCGCUGUUUUUCACCCAUUAUUAUUAGCCUUCCUUUCUCAUUUUUUAGGGUAUAAAACUCAUAAUUUCCCUCUCAACACCGCCUCUCGGUUUCCAGGAUUCCACAAUUCAAAAAUUCAUGCAUCAGCCCCUUGCGAAGAGGAACUGGAAUUAACUGGAUAAGAGAGGUCUCAAUUGAAACUUCAGCGCCUUUGCUUCUCUCUACGAUUUCUAUCGGUUUGGGUGUUUUUGAACACCCAACUUGAGCUUUCUAAGGCCCUUAUAUGUAACCAGUAUCCACGUUGAGAAAGCAGAGCUAAUUGUCAUCUGGGUAUAGGCCAAAAUAUUGGAUUACAGAUUCUAGAUUCUUUGUCUUGUCUUUUGGUGGUAUCUUGAGUUGCAAUGGAUGACGGAGAGCUUGAUUUCUCAAACCUAGAAAUGUUCUCAUGUCCAGACUUUGGUGAUCUUCCAAGCAGUCCUAUGGACAGCUUUUUCAACGAGAUUCUGAAUGAUACACACGCCUGCACUCAUACCCACACUUGUAACCCACCGGGCCCUGAUUUCCCACAUACCCACACUUGUAUUCACUUGCACACCAAAAUCCUCUCCCCUCCAAACGAAUAUUCAGCUUCCCCUGACAAUACAGCGGAGUCCGCUGAUAAGAAAUCAAAGAAACAUCCAUUGGGUAAUCGGGAAGCUGUGCGAAAGUAUCGCGAGAAGAAGAAGGCUCGCACUGCUUCGCUAGAGGAUGAAGUUGUGAGAUUGAGAGCUUUGAAUCAGCAACUGAUGAAGAGAUUGCAAGGGCAGGCAGCUUUGGAAGCUGAGGUUGCACGGAUGAAGUGUUUGCUUGUGGAUAUCCGGGGCAGGAUAGACGGAGAAAUCGGGUCUUUUCCUUAUCAGAAGCCUGGAAAAGGUAGUUACUUGUAUCAAAACAUGGCUACUCCAAAUUUGCCUGGUGCAUAUGUGAUGAAUCCCUGUAGUAAUAUGCAAUAUAGUAAUAAUCAAGUUUACUGCCUUCAUCCGGGGGUGGCGGAAAGAAGUGGGGAAGGUGAGGCAUUAAAUGGUCAACACUUCAGUGGUUGUGAGUUUGAGAAUCUGCAGUGUCUUGGGAACCAAAAUGCUGGAUUGACGGAGUUUCCUAGUUGUGGACUUGGAUGUAGUCUCGACGGUGGAUAAUUCUCAUGCAAACAAGAGAAACGGUGAAAUUUACUGGUAUUUUAUAUGUUUGCUCCAUUCUCGUAUAGGUUGUUAAUAUACUUCUUACCAAACUCAAGCUUGAUUUCUUUUGAGGAUAUAGGCUUGCGUGACUUGUAGCAGUCUCACCUGUUGGUAUUUUUUCAUGUUGAUCAUAGAGCAUGUUUUCUUGAUUUCUAUUCGUUAAUGCUAUAUGACUUCCUUAACAGCCUGCAUGUUGUUCCUGGUGCAAUGCAAAUGUUUUGUGGAGUGAUUUAACAUAGAGACAGUUUUAGUGGAAGUGGAGUGUGAUAGUUUGAUUGGACAUUCGAAUUCCACAAUAACAGGCUUAGUACUAGAUUUCCAUAGCUCUACAGUCUCUUUUAUUUCGUCUGUUUUGAAUGCAUUUUGAUUUGCAUGUGCUAUGGUUUCAACUUAAUCCAUGUCUUAUCGAUAACAAUUCUGUUUAAAUUUUGCAUUAUUCUUACGAACUUCUACAUUGCGUGAGGGCCUCUUUGUCUUUACUUGCAUGCGGUAUGUUUUUCAAAAGAUUAUGGGAAAUUUUGCUGACUGCUGAAAAAGAUAAUUGAAGGAUCAAGGACAGCGCUUGGAUUUUAGGUGCCCCUGCAUUACUUACUACCAUGUGACUGAAGAGUAAUCUUUUCUUAAGUGAAAGGAUGGAAACUUGAAAUUCAGUCCGAUGUCUUGAUUUAUCAUAGCUUGUCAUUUGUUAGUGAUCAUCAUUGUUUUCAUGCUGUUAGGAAGGACUUGUACAUCACCAGCUAUUUGAAGAGCUAAUCAAAAUAUAGAGAUUUCUUUUUCUGGAGGAUACAAGAUUAUUAGACAAGUGCAGUUUUGCGAAGUUCAGUAUCGUUUUUCCUUCCAGUCAGCUCAAGUUUAGUACUUUGGGUUUCAGAGCUGAGUGUCUGAUGUACACAGAUCAACAUAACUCUAUGUUCUUUGUUUUUCUAGUCAGUGUUGAUGACUUGACUGUAUUCAGUUUCGAAAUAGAGAUAAUGGUUGGUAGCUCUUUGACUCAAAAUUCUAGUGAAUCAUUCCAUUUCAAUGUCCAAUUGUUCGGUAUUAGGUUCCAUUUUGUUCGCAUCAUUGUUUCCUUUUGAUGUGGCAUCAAUAAUUGCAUGUGAAAAAGAGCUAGAUGACAUAGUAGGCACCGCGCACCACAUGAAAUGCUACCCUAAUGUGAUUCCCAUAUUUUGUCAUAGAAUUCUGGGUUUGCUCUCUAGGAAGUAAAUCUACUAGUGGCAACAGGGAAGUAGGUUUAACAUCCCGGGCCCUCGACAGUUUUGUAGAUUUCUAGAUCGUGAGUUUUGAAUUGUUGACCACAUUGCCUGGUACGUUGGGAAAGCACCGGAUUAUUUUGGGAUAAAAACAAUCCUUCUUGGAAAAAAGGAAGGAGAAAAACAAGAGAUGUUGAUUUAUACUAUAUAUAGUAUAUUCCUUGGUGAAUUAUUCAAAAUUGAAUAAAGACAAAAAUAUAAGGCAUGGAUUUUUAAGCUGAACCACCCCUAACGUUACAUAGGGAAUGAUGCAACGGUGUGCCUUUAAUCUGGGUUUUUGAUGAUUCUCCUCUUCACCCAGGGAGCUUAUCGUAAAAAUGGGCCUCCAUGUGGGCCCAAAAAUCCAGAAUGGAUCAUCAAUCCCCAGCAAUGGGCCCUUAUAUUUUGAUCAAUUGUGGAUUGUUCCUUAUUCCUUCGUUCAGUCCAGUUAAAUAAAUAAAACCAGAAAAGAUUUGACCAAUCCAACAAAAUUCAUUUCGUUCUCAUCUCAACUAUAUGGGAAAAUGACGACUCAGAACGUGUUUUGAUAAUUAAUACCUAUUAAGAACAUGUUGAGAAUAUUUGUUAAUAUUAAAAAUAUCCAAUACUAAUUAUUAAAACACAUCAUUGACCUUUAUUUUCCCCAACUAUAUAUAUUCGAUAUGGACCGUAACUCCGAAAAAUGAACAUAUUCGUGACUUCUCAAUGUCUAUAAGAAGUGACUUAAUCAAACAAAAAAUAUGGAGUAUCAAUCAAAUCACACAUCAUGUAUUAUGUACUAGUACAUCCCAAAAGAGAGUACAAAACGCUAGUAUCACAUGAUAACACAAGCAUCAGUAUUAUCGUCACUGAAGGCCGUGGUGUACCGGACUUCAAAAGAGGUAGCACGUGCGAGGCUUUGAACCUGUGGAUCGUCUGAUUUCCGGACGUACCCGGGCGGGGCCUUCUUGUCGUAAACACCGGGAGCGUAAGGAUGAGCCACCUUGUCGUAAGCCACGUAGGGCCAGAGCUCGGCCUUCUUGCCCGUCCGAUGAGCCACGCGGGCCAGCACCUUGGCGGGCUCCACAUAACCGACGACGGUCAGCUUGUUCUGCUUGGGAUCCACCUCCACCGUCUUCACUCCUUUCAUCCCUUCCACGGAUCUCCUCAACUUCCUCUCAC